UUCAAACGCAGGAACUUAAUCCAAUGUAUUUUUUUACAGCAGGCCUAGGCUAUACCCUAGCUUUUUAAAAUCCGGGAUCUACCGACUAAUUUCUACUUACACGACAAGCUACAUGUGCGUGUAACUAUGAAACUGAAGCUUGACACUAUUAGAACGCUGACUAUCGUUCCCGCUGCCGUUUUCUUAGAUUCCAUUGCAGACAAACAAAACCUAAGCAAAGGUCGGCGUUUUGUACAAGCUAGGAAAGAUUUCAUGUUCACGUGCAAAAAUUAUUCAAUAAAUAUUGUACUCUACCAGCCUUUUUUCGUGCCAAAAUGUGGAUUGAAGAAGCUAACGAGAUGCUUGACAUGUUGAGGGGAAGUAUUCCUCUGACAAUUAUACUCAUUGUGCCCGUUUUAAUCAUGAUUUCUCCGUGUGUACCAGUGGACGCAGCCCAUGAAUUUUCAGUUUAUCGUAUGCAGCAGUAUGAUCUCCAAGGCACACAAUACGGAUGUCGCAAUGCACUGGUUAACAUGGAAGCACGGCCAAUUAAUUCCAAUGUUAUGGUCAGGAGGUGUCUGGUAACAAGGCUUGCAGAGCUUACUGCUGAACGUUAUCAAGAAAUUAUUGAAGGCGCGGGUGCUCUGUUGGUUCUGCUUCCAAAGGACAUCAACUCAUUACCACAAUCUGCUGUUCAAUAUUGGCUGGAGUUAGAACCACAGAUUUUAGAGCAGGAGUCCAAGGUGCCCAUAUAUUUUGCAUAUGAGGAUGACCGCUUGCUGGAGAUAUACAAUGAUAUCAGCACUGCAGUCAGUUCAGACCAAGCAGCUUCUGGUGCAGAAGCUUUGCUUGGUGCAGUUUAUGCCAAUGGUUUUCAAAUGGUGGUUUCUGGAUCUCAGUCUAAACCGAUGAAGGAUGCAACUAUUACUAGUCUUCAGGGCAAGCUAUCAGGCAAAGGUAUAGAGGACCAGUUGCCCACCAUUGCUAUAGUUGCACAUUAUGACUCGUUCGGAGUUGCCCCAUAUCUUGCUCGUGGUGGUGAUUCAAAUGGAAGUGGAGUCGCUGCUUUACUCGAGCUAGCAAGACUCUUCUCAAAACUUUAUGCAAACUCUAAAACACAAGCAAAGUACAACCUUUUGUUUCUUCUUUCUGGUGGUGGUAAAUUCAACUAUCAAGGAACAAAACGAUGGAUUGAAGACAGUUUGGAAAGUACAGAAACAACGAUUCUAAGUGAAGUUUCCCAUGUUUUGUGCUUGGAUAGUAUUGGUGCUGGUAAUAGCUUGUUCAUGCAUGUGUCAAAACCGCCAAAAGAAGGAACUGUCCCUCAUAGUGUUUUACAGGAGCUGAUUGCUGUUAGUAAAGAUCUAUAUCCAGAAUUAAAUGCCAGUAUGAUCCAUAAGAAAAUUAAUCUAGCAGAUGACUUGUUGGCAUGGGAACAUGAGAGAUUUAGUAUGCGUCGUCUGCCGGCUAUGACAGUUUCUCAUUUUUCUUCUCACUUGGAUACUUUAAGAAACUCGAUCUUAGAUGAUGGGUCAACGUUAGACACUGCAGUGUUAGCUAGGAACGUGAAGAUUAUUGCUGAGGGUUUAGCUAGACACCUAUAUGGAUUAUCAAGCAGCUCAUCCAAUAAAUCCCUAGAAGUAUUCACUGAUUUGCUGGCUGUAAAUGAACCUUUCUUAAAAUCAUGGGUCACUUACCUGUCCUCACAGUCCAGAGCAGCACAACUUAUGACUAAGGACUGUUCAGUAGUCACCACUUUAGAAGAGAGUAUGAAAAAGAUUUUUAAUAAUGAAGUCAGUAAGAUCACUAUUAAAGCUGAUAAAAGGGAGCCAGAGUUUAUUUACUAUGAUGGCAUGACAAUGAAGAUGAAUGCCUACAAUGUGAAGCCAGCAGUAUUUGAUCUAUUUCUUGCGGCUGCUAUUGCCUGCUACAUUGGAAUUGUCUAUUUUAUUAUCCAGAAUUUUCCAGUUCUGUUUUCCUUUAUGAAGGAGUAUUCAAGUGUGAAGGCUAAAGGUCAAUAAGACAGUGUCUUGAAACACAAUGCAAGCAAUAAGUAUAUGAACGAUAUACCUCGGUAAUGUUACAACAUAAACAAGUAUCCUGCUAAAAGAAACUAGCAGUGUGAAUGGGUAAUACAAAAAUGGUAUUAGUUAAAAUAGGUAACAUUAAAAUUAUUAAGUGUAAAUGAAUGGGCCAGUCUGUUUACCCCUCUUGAAAAGUUUCUUAGUUACUUUUAAUAGGUCCCUUUGUAUCCUGUUGUUUUUGAGGGGUGGCUUUAUUUCAAGCAGAGAAACAUUGCUAGAAGUGAGUGUAUGAUUGGUAUAUCAACUUACAACACAAGGUAAUUGUUGCAUAAUUGACUAGUACAGGUAGAUAGAACUUGUUAGUUGUUGUGAAUUUGAACCUUGAUAAGGAUUGGCCAUGUAUUAGCUAAGGUAAAUGAUUGAGAUUUCUUUUGAAGUGACAAGGUAAGCCAUGUGAGAUGAAUUUACAAGCUGGAAGUUCCAUUAGACAACUGAUUUAACACAUUCCAUCCAUUUAAUUUCUGUCUUGAUGAAAGAAACUGUUUCUGUCUUUGUUUUAGAAAGAUAAUUUAGACUGUAAAUUAACUUUCAUUUAUAAAAUUCAAAAUCAUCAAAUGCAUGAGUAAAUUCCAAAAAUCAUUAUGGGAUUAAUGUUCAACCUAAAGCCAAGCCUUUACUGCAUCAUAUGGCGGUUGUAAGAUCCCUGUGAGCGCUAGGCAAUGUGGCAUCGUAUGCUUAUUUUUGAACGGAUCAACAUUAAAAAGACCUGUUGUGCGUGUCAUGGUGUCUCAUUCUCAAUAGGAUCACGUCGGUUGACUGUUUUGAGCAGUGAGGGCACUGUUUAUGUUGCACCAAGGUUGUCUUAAAGUAAAGUAUAUCUUGUCUUAAGGGCAGUUUCCACUGAGUGCAGUGACAGGUGCACUCUCAUUCAUGCUCGUACCUAACUCUUAUCUAAUACGGUACAAGUUUUUUGCACUCGUAAUAAUCUCAAACUAGUAGGAAACUCGGUGCUUCGCUCGGAUUAAUUUUUAUGUAACUCAUAACCAACUCCGUAAGGUUGUACCUCACUUGUAGCUAAUGCCUAGUAAGCUCGUCAGCUUUCCCAAGUGAAUUCAAUCACGAGUUUCACAAGUUUUUAGCUCGUAGAACUCGUGCGACUCUUGUAUGAAAUCAACCUAAGUGGGAGAGGGGCUUAAACCUAUGUUCAGUCUUCGUGUUGAACCUUAUACGAUAUAUACAAUGUAAUACAGUGUAUUUUUCUUUAUGAGCCUGAUACAGAUUGGCCUAAGUUAAGAUAGGUCCAAGUAAUGUUGACCUUCGUAACUCGAGUAACAUUUGUUAAGGUUAGCGCUAGUUCAGAAUUUCCCUAGAUGUUUGUCAUUUGGUGUUAGCCAUUUCAGUUUGGCUGUGUCAGUGUGUUUCAAAAUUUUGUAAUUUUUUACAUUAUUGGUAUCCUUUUGAUGAGGGCAAAUCAGAACAUGUUUAGAUAGUUAAUUAUUAAUAAUAAUAAUAAUAAUAAUUAUAAAAAUUCCAGUUUUUAAAGGAUCAUUAAAAUUUACAGUUGUGGAAUAUUUUGAUAAGCAUUGGUGCUGUCUAUAAGGAUCCUUAGCAGCUAUCUUUUAACUGUUUUUCAUUAUUUUUUUUCUUAUUAAUAUAAUCAUUUACCAUUCAUUACAGAUGUAUUGUCCCCUAAAAAUGACAAAAAAAAAAUUUUUUUUUUAACUUUUAAUUGAAAUUAACUUGUUCAUUAUGCAAUAACAUACAAAAUUAUGAACUUGAGCCUAGAAAUGAUUGAGUUUAUAAAUGUGUACCCUGAAUUGUGUAGUGGAUAACGAUAAAAAUAAUACAAACAAAUUAUGGGUAAACAUUUUAAAAAUACGCACAAUUUCAUUGAUCAAGUUGAAAAUGUUUAUGUUACUGUAUUUCAUUUAAUGAGUAAGUAAUAACUGAAUGAUAUUUUUCUAAUUUUUAAUUUGGUUUUUUUUUCAAGGGACAGUAUCCUAAGUUCAUGAAUCAAAGAUAAUAUUGUUGUGUUUUUGAAAAAUCUGUUGUGACCUUUGAACUGUUGAUGUCAUUAACAAAAUCCUGUUAAUCCUCAGAGAACUACACGGUUUUAUUCUUUGUCAUGGAUGGUGUUGUUUUUUCUAACAAUAUUUUUAUGCACGUUUAUGGUUGUAAACAAAAUAUAAUCUAUAAAAUAUAAGUGUAUUUCCUGCACAUGUUUACUGUUUAUAGUAUAAUACAUACUCCAAGUAUUGAAAUGACAUAAUUAAUGUCAAAAUAUUGAAUCCCAACACGAUGACGUGCAUUUCGAUACUUGGGGUAUGUGUUAUACUAUCUUAUCUGAGAUUAAUCAGUGAACCUUUUUGUUUACUGUUUAUUUUAAUAAACUUUUUCGAUAAUGACAUAUAAAAUACAGUACCAAAGUAAUAUAUUAUCUUAUACUGAUAUUAUUUUCAAUACAUCCAAUGAACAAAAUCUUUUGUUUACAAUGACUUACAAUUGUAAUGGAAUUGUACAAUGGAAUUAAUAAAUCAUAUACCAUACCAAUGGU